AUGCUGUCCAGUGACGAGGAGGGCGUACCAACCCUCAUUGUCGAGACAAAAAGGAGCCCAAGAGGAGCGGCCAGUGAGGGAGCACAACCUAAACUAGUGGCAGUUCCAAUACCAAUACCCGGCCAAGAAGAGACGGUUGCUAACCCAGAGUCAAGGACGAAUCAAGAUCAAGAUCAAGACUGGAGUGUGGAGACACAAGAGAUGGAAAACCAAAGAGAUGCGGCUAGGAGGAUGGGUCAAUGGGAUCCAAUGCUGCUCGAGGUGGAGAAUAAAAAUGAGGACUUGAUGAGACGGUUGAGACUAAGUGAGAGGGUGCAAGUACGUGAACCUGAGGGUGAGGCGGAAGCGGAACCCGAGAAGGUAUCAGUGCCAAUGGCCGAGUCUGAUCCGGGAAAUGGUCAAGAACAAGUGGAGAAAGCGAAUGAGGAAGGUGAACCAAGAGAAGUCGGGAGUGAACCCGAAGAGGAGCAAAAGAUCACCGGAAGUGAACCCAGGAGAAACCCGGAAGAAGACCCUGAUCAGGAACCAAGUUGUGAGGAGGUAGAGGAAGCGAGUCAAUUGUUGAGAGACUCGAUGAUGGAGUUAGUAGAGAAGCUAGCCGAGGAAGAGAGGCUAAGGAAAGAGAUCGUACUGUUGGAGCAUGGUCAAGGAAGCGAGAAGCAGACUAGGCUGAUGAGUGAUAUCAUCGGGCCCGUGGAGCGUGAAGAGAUACGACCACGGAGGAGAAUGAUAAGAACCCGAGCUCAAGCAAGGAAGCGAGUGACUAAUCCUUCCCGAGUAUAG